AUGUUUCAUCUACCAAGACUGCACUUUUCUGUAUGGUUCACUUUGAAUCUUCAAGUUCUUACUUCUAGGAAAGAACUGUUAAAGAAUGAGGAAAUUAAAUUUAAACUCAAUCAUGGGCUUGAUUUAGAAACCAUUCCGUUCUAUCGGGAUUUAUAUGCAAAUUGGCAUAAUUCAGAUAUUAUAGAUUUGCUCCAUCUAGGUAAAGUGCUCAAAUAUCCGUAA